AUCAAACUUUAUUUACAGAUGGCGCUCAUGAGCUGAAAAAUGUCCAGCACAGUUGGACCACUUGUAAACAAUUUUGAGGUCCCUUCGUGGGCUGGAAAGCCUCCACCAGGACUACAUUUGGACUGUAUGAAGGAUGGCAAAAUGAUUCAGAAACUGAUGAUAGACGAGAAGAAGUGCUACUUCUUUGGGAGGAACAAGCAGCUCUGUGACUUCUGUAUUGACCACCAAUCAUGUUCCCGAGUUCAUGCUGCUCUUGUUUGGCACAAACAUUUAUCACGACCCUUCAUUGUAGACUUAGGCAGCACUCAUGGUACACAUAUUGGACACAUUAGACUGGAAAGUAGGAAACCACAACAAGUUCCAAUUGACAGCGAGAUUCACUUCGGGGCAUCCACAAGAAUCUACAUUAUACGAGAACGACCUCAGGUCAUCACAGGCCAGAUCUCCGAUGACAAGGAGAAACGACGCGAGGAUCUAGAAGGGGGACUCCUGGGAUUACCGGAGACGGAAACAGAGCUCGACAAUUUAACCGAAUUCAAUACAGCCCACAACAGACGCAUAUCUUCCAUGGUAGACAUUGGAUCAGACAAAGGACCCAACCCAAUGAAGAGGAAACACAGAAACCACCAUGUCAACUUUGGGGAGGAAGAUGACAUCAUAAACCCAGAGGACAUAGAUCCCUCAGUAGGACGAUUUAGAAAUAUGAUUCAGACAACAGUUAUCCCAAAUAAGCGUCAGAAAAUGGACACCGGUUUAGUUCAAAAUACAACAAUGACAGACAACAUUACAAAGAGGUUACAAAGCUUCUCUUAUCAGACACCCAGUUUGUAUGGUGACUUGACCUCGGCACCAAACACUUACAGUAUAGCUGCUAAAAUGGGACUGCAUGUGCCAAAUCUGGCUCCUGACAUUGUACCGGAUGAACCAGUGGCACAGGCCGUCACGGCUCAUCCACCAGUUGUGUUUAACGUAGAAGAGGUCUCCAAAGAACCCAAGAAAAAGAAAUACGCCAAGGAAAUGUGGCCCGGCAAAAAACCUGUUCACUCACUUCUUGUAUAGCCUCCCGCCCCCAUGCUUGUUUUCUGUUGUUUUGAAGAGUCUGUGUUUUGGAAAGAUUUUUUUUUCAUCAUUUAGCUGAAUUUUUUAAAAUUACUUUUUAAUCUUUAUUAUUAUAUCUAUCAAAAUCUGUCAAAAUUUCCUGUUUGAUAAGGCAGUAGAUUUUUAAGCAUAAACCAUGAUGCUAAAGAGAGCACGAUUUGUAUUUAAAAUAGCUUCUUGAUAUGAUCUGUAGGUUUGUCUUUGAAUGCCUUUAAAUGAUUUUAUUCACAAUUUUUAUGUUUGAAAUAUGAAAAAUUUAAAUUGUGGCAAGAUAUUUUUGUUAAAGGUUGUUUCCAUUUUGCAAAGGAAAAAAAAGAAUAACAUGUUUAACUUGAUUAAUGUAUUUGCAUCUGGUAAUUCCACAAAAAAAAUUAUGUUAAAUAUACAUGUAUAUAAAGAUUUACUCUUGCCCACUACCAUCACAACAAAAUCAACCUCACUUUGUCAAAACUAUAUAAAACAAUACUGAUGAUAAUUAGGUUGCUUUAAGUAAAGAAUACAACAGGUAUGUACAUGUAUCAGAAAUAUAUUUUCUUUUUUGUCAUCAUUGAAUUGCAGUCCCCAACAGAAACAGUUUAUUUCAGUGUUAAAAUUUUGCACAAUGAUUGUUUAAGAACAAAGUUUAAAUUCUUUUAUUAGACAAGAUUUAUUAUGCAGUCUGUCUUUUAAAAUAUUACAUUAUAAAUUGAGUGAAGUGCAUUUACUAAUUUUUUUUUUUUCUUUUAUAAAAGAGACUAUUGUCUUUAAAGCUAGUUUUCAAUACAAAAAUAAAAUAAAAUACAUACAUUGCUGAAAUGCACAGGAAGUUUUUAAUUGACAUUCUCAAUACAUGUAUUACAUCAUCUGAUCUGGUCAUGCCUUUGAAUACUCACUUUGGGUAUCUAGCUUAAAAUUCUUCAUGGAGCUAUUACGCGUAUGUCAAUUUCAUACCAUAUAAGGAAAAUAUGGUACAUGUGAAAUGUUUGUAAAAGUGCAUUUGCAUGUAAAUGUAUCCAUGAGAAAGUGAGUGUCAUUAAAGCAAUGUAAAUUGAUACAUAUAUAAGUUAAAGUGUAGAAUGUGAGAAUUUAUGUUUACAAUUUUUAAACGAUAUAAUUAGCUGUAUGUAUUCUGUAAUAAAAUGAUUGAUGUACUUUCA